CCCAAAUUUUGUUAAGAGAAGUUGGUUAAUACAUACGGUGUCGUUUACGGUGGCGCUACUCGAAGUUUUCUGAUCCGUCUCCUCGGUCCAACAAAGAGGCACUACAUUACAGAUGGCGGUGGCGAAGAGGCGAGGCCGUCGCGUCGAAACGAGUUCCGAUGGCGGCCGCAGCCAAGUCGAUAGGUCUAGGCAAGCGGAAGAACUCAGCGAUUCAGCUUCGAAUCGCAACCUCUUUGCCAUCUUCGUUUUCUUCUUUAUCGUCAUUCCAGCCAUCUCCGUGCUUGUCUAUCGAAUCAAAUUUACUCCACCUACGCACAGUUCUGACUCAUCUUCAAUUGUGCAUCAGCACCGCCUUGCCAAAACUGAUGUGAAGUUCCAAGAAAUCCUCUCUGAGCACUCAAAAGUUUCAGAGAACUUGUCUCUUCGGCAUUACACGUAUCCUGUUUUAGCCUAUAUAACUCCAUGGAAUUCUAAAGGUUAUGACAUCGCAAAGGAGUUUAACUCUAAGUUCACGCAUUUAUCACCUGUCUGGUAUGAUUUGAAGAGCCAAGGGACACACUUAACUCUGGAGGGGAGACAUAAUGCUGAUGUAGAUUGGAUUUCAGAACUCAGAAGGAGAGGAAAUGCUCAGGUGCUACCUAGAGUUGUUCUGGAAGCCUCUCCUGUGGAGUUUCUUAGGAAGAAGACACUAAGAAGUAAAGCUAUUGACCUUAUUGUGAAAGAGUGCAAGGAAAUGGAGUACGAUGGUAUUGUGCUAGAGUCUUGGUCCAGAUGGGCAGCUUAUGGUAUUUUGCAUGAUCUGGACAUGAGGAAUAUGGCACUGCAAUUUAUCAAAGAACUUGGUCACGCCCUACACUAUGUGAGCUCAAUGAGGAAACCUGAGCAACGUUUGACGUUGAUAUAUGUUAUUGGUCCGCCCCACUCAGAGAAAGCUCAAGCGCAUGACUUUGGCCCAGAAGAUCUCAACAGUCUGAGCAAUGCUGUGGACGGUUUCUCACUUAUGACCUAUGAUUUCUCAAGCCCUCAACAUCCAGGGCCUAAUGCACCUCUCAAGUGGAUCCAUUUCACCCUACAGACGCUUCUUGGUAUGUCUGACCGUGAUGAUCAAAGCCUGGCCCACAAGAUAUUUCUUGGCAUCAAUUUUUAUGGAAAUGAUUUCAUCCAUUCUGGAGGCUCAGGAGGUGGGGCUAUCACUGGAAUGGAUUACCUUUCAUUGUUAGAGAAGCACAGGCCCGCAUUGCAGUGGGAAAAGAACAGCGGGGAACACUACUUCUUGUAUGCUGAUGAGGACCAAAAGAAACAUGCAGUUUUCUACCCUUCAUUGAUGUCAAUAUCUAUGCGGCUUGAGGAAGCUCGUCGUUGGGGGACUGGUAUCUCAAUCUGGGAAAUUGGGCAAGGUUUGGAUUACUUUAUGGAUCUUCUGUAGGCGGUAUGUUUUCUUGCUUAUGUAGGCCAUCUUCAGGGCUUCAGUCAACAAAUUUUGGUUAGUGCAUCAUUUAUUCAAUGAUUUAUAAUUGCUAAGAGCUCGCCACCUCUAUCUUAAGAUAUCUGUGAACCUUGGCAAUAGCCCAAUUACCCAAUCGCUGAACUUGUCUGGUGAUUUAAGUUGCGGUAAAUUUGGAGGCAUGAUCCAUGAAGACAGAUUCCACGUCUGCGUGACUGUUUUAUAGGUUCUCAUGAAUAUAUUAUUGUGUUCAAGUAA